GUCAUUUCAUCAUUCACGCUUUUCCUUCUUCUUUCAUUAAACACACUUUGCAACACACAGAUGCGCGACUUUCUUCUCCUCCUUCUUCCUCAUCGUACUCAACACUCAUGAACAAGAGCAUCACGACCAUUAAGAAGACGAAAGCUCGCGUUUUGUCUUCCUAAUUAUUUUUAACCUUCGACUUUUGAUGCGCAUCUGAGGGAACCCUAGACUCUCUUGUUCUGUAGUAGCUUCUAGCGAAUUUCAAAAAUACGAUGGUGAUUAUUAGGUUAGUUUUCACAGUUUUCCUCGGGAGCUGUCUCUGCUCACUGCUCCUCUCUAGCUUCAUCGAUGCAAACGAGGCCAACGUGAACUGCUUGAGGAGCAUAAAAUCCCAGCUCACGGAUCCAAACGGAUAUCUCUCCAGUUGGGUCUUCGGCGGCAACGAGACUGCAGGUUUCAUCUGCAAGUUCGCUGGUGUGACUUGCUGGCACGACGAUGAGAACAGGGUUUUGAGCAUUAAGCUUUCUGGUUUUGAUCUCGGGGGACAGUUUCCUGUUGCGAUCAAGAACUGUACUGAUCUUACAGGUCUUGAGCUUUCAAGAAACAACUUCUCUGGACCUUUACCGACCAACAUCGGCUCAUUGAUUCCAUCUCUUACAACUCUCGACCUUUCCGAGAACAGCUUCUCUGGUGAAAUCCCCGUCAGUGUCUCAAACAUAACCUUUCUAAACGCUCUUAUGCUCCAGGGCAACCAGUUCACGGGUACUCUUCCUGCCGAGCUAGUGCGGCUAGGACGGCUCAGUAAGUUCUCUGUCGCUAACAAUCGUCUCUCAGGUCCUAUCCCUGUUUUCAACGACACCAUCUUGAAAGUUGGACCUGGUGACUUUGCUGGUAACGCUGGUUUGUGCGGGAAGCCUCUGGGUGCGUGCGAGGGUGCUAAUAGCUCUCGGGUUAAAGUUGUUGUUAUAGCGGCGGUUGGGGGACUGGUUGCAGCGGCGUUAGUUGUUGGGGUUGUUCUGUUCUUCUACUUCCGUAGAUUGGCUCUUGUUCGGAAGAAGUUGCAGGAUGAUCCUGAAGACAACAGAUGGGCUAGGAUCUUGAAACAACAGAAAGGUGUUAAGGUUUUCAUGUUUAAGAAGUCAGUUUCAAAGAUGAAGCUAAGCGAUCUAAUGAAGGCAACGGAGGAAUUCAAGAAAGAUAACAUCAUCGGAAAAGGAAGAACAGGAACUAUGUACAAAGGAGUGCUCGAAGACGGGACUCAUCUCAUGGUAAAGAGGUUGCAAGACUCUCAACACUCUGAGAAAGAGCUCGACUCGGAGAUGAAGACUUUGGGAUCCGUAAAACACAGAAACUUGGUCCCUCUCUUGGGCUACUGUAUCGCCAAGAAGGAGAGGCUUCUGAUAUACGAGUACAUGCCCAACGGUUACCUUUAUGAUCAGUUGCAUCCCUCAGAUGAUGAAGAGUCCUUCAAGCCUAUGGACUGGCCUACGAGGCUGAAAAUCGCGUUGGGGGCGGCGAAAGGACUAGCGUGGCUUCACCACAGCUGCAACCCGAGGAUCAUCCAUCGCAACAUAAGCUCGAAGUGCAUACUGUUGACUGCGGAUUUCGAGCCUAAGAUCUCGGACUUUGGUUUGGCUAGGCUGAUGAACCCCAUUGAUACUCAUUUAAGCACGUUUGUGAAUGGAGAGUUUGGUGAUUUCGGUUACGUUGCUCCGGAGUAUUCAAGAACCAUGGUGGCGACUCCGAAAGGAGAUGUGUACAGCUUCGGGGUUGUGCUUCUAGAGCUAGUAACGGGACAAAAAGCUACUAGUGUGACACUAGGAUCCGAAGAAGAUACCGAGGAAGAAGGGUUUAAGGGUAACCUCGUGGAAUGGAUUACAAUGCUAUCGAGAGAGUCAAAACUGCAGGAAGCGAUUGACAAGUCUUUACUUGGGAAGGGUGUGAAUGAUGAGAUCUUUAAAGUGCUCAAAGUAGCGUGCAACUGCGUUCUACCGGAAGUAGCGAAGCAGAGGCCUACCAUGUUUGAGGUGUAUCAGUUUCUGAGGGCUAUUGGAGAGAGCUACAACUUCACUACUGAAGAUGAUAUCUUAGUUCCGUCUGAAUCGGGAGAAGGCGACUUCAUUGAAGAGCUCAUAGUUCGCUGAUCAAAGAGGAAGGGGGUAAGACUUCUGAAAACGAAUAUCUUUAGUCCUAGCAGUCCCACGAUAUAUAUAUAUAUAUAUACAUAUAUAUAAGUAAGUAUUGUUUUUUUCUUUCUGUGUUUGGUUUCUCCUCGUCGAUGGUGUGUGGUUGUAAUAUAAGAAACUGUUAGAUGCACUCUCUCUGUUGUUACUACACUGAGCUUUGGGUGUUUUCAGAACAGUCACUGGUUUGGUUUUGUCA